GUUUUAUGGGACCUAUAAAGAAAUUACAAGCAUUCGUUUGUGCUCAGACAUUCUGGCCAUAAUUUAUGGUGAGAUGGUUUUAAGCAGAGAAAGGGCCAUUCACAAUAUUUUUCUAUUGUCCUUUGGCAAAAUGCGGGAUAUCAGUGGCUAACAUAUACGAUAUCAUUAAGAAGCCUGUAGAUACAAUAAAUCCAGUUCAAUAGACUGUGAUCGCAAUGUCAGGAACUCUCUUUGCAAGGUUAGACGUAAUCUGUAAAAUAGAUGGUGCUGGAUUCUCAAGCCUCGAUAGUUUAUGCUUGUAUUUGCAAACUCAGUAAUGGCAUCAACAGGGAUCAUUUAGUUGUGGAGAAAAUUGUAAGUAUUUUGAAAGAUUAGUUUUAGUCAAUCAGGGUAAUCAGUGUGA